AUGGCACCAUCUCUUGACUUUGCAUCUGGCCUGUCCGAGGGCUCUCACAGCCUGCCGACUGAUGUCCCCGUAUUAAUUGUUGGCGGAGGGCCGACUGGACUGUUGCAAUCGCUCCUCUUGUCUCGACUCGGAGUGCAAUCAUUGGUCAUUGAACGUUAUCCUGAGAGACUGGCUGCUCCGAAAGCUCACGCCAUCAAUCCGCGUUCCCUGGAGAUCUUACGUCAAUAUGGGCUGGGCGAGAAGCGAGUCCGCCAGAUAGGCACAUCGCGAGAUGACAGCCAUUGGGUCAAUUUCCUCACGAACCUCAGCGGUGACACGGUUGGGAGAUUACCAUAUGAGCGUAUGGAUCCCGCGGUCUUGGAUGACACGCCAGAGAUGAUUCACAACAUACCUCAGCCAGCCCUGGAGCAGGAAUUGACAAACUUCAUUGAGCAAGAUCCCAAUAUCACUCUGAUGAAGGGAUUCAGUAUUCAUGAAGUAGAACAGACCGAAAAUGAAGUCGUGGCAACCAUCGAGGAACGAGCAACAGGACACCUGCACAAAACAAGAUCACGACACCUCAUCGCUUGCGAUGGUCGCAGAAGCAAGGUCCGCGAGCUGCUCAACAUUUCAUCUGAAAGCGAAGACUCAGAUCAGACUAUGAUGACCAUCCAUUUCAAGGCAAAGCUUCGUCCGGUGGUCGGCGAUCGUGUUGGUAUGCUUUUCUGGAUCAUGGACCCAAUAGCAGCUGGGUUCAUCAUCGGCUAUGACCUGGAUGGGAACCAGGUUCACAUCAGCCAGGUAGAUGUAAAGAAGCAUCCGGUUGAGACGUGGACUGAGGACAUGUGCAAUGCCAAGAUCCGUGGAGCUAUUGGAAGGGACGAUGUUCCGUUUGACAUCUUGAGCUUCCGGCCUUGGGUCUUCAAGCGGCAGGUUGCUGACACAUUCCAAAAGGGGAAUGUCUUUCUUGCCGGUGAUGCUGCCCAUUCAUUCCCGCCAACUGGUGGUUUAGGACUGAACUGUGGGAUUGCGGAUGUGCACAACCUGGCUUACAAAAUUGCUCUCGUUCAUCAAGAAGUAGCAAGCCCGAGUAUACUUUUGAAGUAUACAGCCGAGCGACGAAGUGUUGCAGAUGCCUACUCCAGGCAGAGCGUCAAGAACGGCAAAGAAAUAUUUUCUUUACUACAAAGCCUCAAAACCGCUGGCGUCGAGGACGUUACUCAAGCUCGCAAGAAUAUGAUGGAAGUAUUGGCAGAUCCAGUGCAGCGUGCCAAGGUUAACAAAGGAAUUGAAGCACAGCAAGAACAUUUUGACAAUCUGGAACUGCAUAUUGGCUAUGUCUAUGGAGCCAGUAAGCCUCCCGCUCACGCUUCAUUCUACUCCCCGAAGUUCGUGCCCGGGGCAAGAUUGCCUCAUGUUUGGAUCAAAUUUCCAGAUGCAUCCUCUGAAACACAAGCAAUCAUCGGGAAGCUUCCGCAAGAUCCAAUUGACGUCUCCUAUGUGAAGGAACUCGACGAGGACCAAGUUCAGAGUUGCCAGUGGAGCACUUUGGAUUUAUGUGCACCUGACUCCUGGACUCUCAUUCUUGGACAAGAUAAGCCAAGCUUGCAAACUUCCCAGUUCCAAGAGCACUGCGAUGCUAUCAAGAUAAAACUCAGUAUUUGGCGCGCCGGUCUGGACUUUGAUAUAAUAAAACAGAGCUGGUUUGCUGAUGAGUUGAACAACAACGGUGGAAUUUUAGUUCGCCCGGAUCAGCACAUCUUCAUGAGGGUUAGUGACUGCACCACCGGGGAAGAUCUAAUCGAAGGGCUGAACAAGCAUAUUGGGCUGUAA